CGCCCGAAAUUUGUCGACCUACAAAACAUAACCUUGAAUUGAUUGUUAUUGUACCAACUUUGUAAGUCAGUUUUAAACUUCGUUACGGAUGUGUUUAAUCAAGGUAAUGGCUACCAGUGAGAAGUUCGGAAGUAGUAUUUUUUUUGAUGCGGAAUGCAAAUAAACCAAUAAGAAUUAGAGAAUGUCCUCUUUAUUGUCGGCUGAUUUAGCGGCCGCUUGCAAUGCAUUGGGUUAUUUUGAUCCGAAAACUAGUAAAUACUAUGCCGAUGCGAAUACCUUGGAGACAGUUAAAGAUCUAAUACGGUAUUUGAGAAAAGACGAUGAAAAUUACGAUAUUCGAAGGCAGCUUGGUGAGACUAAAGUGUUGCAGACUGACCUGUUGCCCCUGCUUAAGAACUACUGGGAGGAGACUGAUUUAUUUGAUGUUCUGUUAAGAUUGAUUGUAAAUUUAACUACACCAGCACUUGUGUUAUGGAACGAAGAAGCUCCUGUAGAAAAAAUAUCACGCAAUCAUUUUUUACAAAUAGAAGACCAUCUUCAGGGCUAUAAAGAAGCCUUUGCCGAUGAGGCAGUUUGGGCUGUGCUGAGUACUAGACUGAGUAAACUUUUAGAAUUGGAUUAUUCUGAGCGGGGCGAUGAAAAUAGCCUUAUUAUCGAGAGAAUUCUUAUUUUGAUACGGAAUGUCCUGUACGUACCGGCUGACGUAAUGGAGAAAAGGCCGGACAACGACGCUAGUAUCCACGAUCAAGUAUUGUGGGCUAUACAUCAAUCGGGCAUGCUGGAUAUCAUCCUCUACGUAACCAGUUCAUCGGUAGAACAUAUGUAUUACUUUCACAUAUUGGAAAUAUUGUCGUUUAUGAUGCGCGAACAGAGGCCGUCUGAUCUUGCCAGCGCAGCUCUACAGCGCAGUCAAGUAGAAAAAGUGCGCGAUGAAGCCGAAUUGCUGGCGAUAAGGCAUCGGGAAACGAGAGACAAGCAGAAAAAGGCCAAAAUGUUCGCCGGCGCCAGACAUUCGAGAUUCGGAGGCACCUAUGUGGUGAAGUCGAUGAAGUCGAUCGGUGAGAACGAACUUAUUUACCACAAGCCGUUGAAGAAAUUGGACGAGUUAACCUUCGAUGAUGACAAGCGCAAAUUGAAAACACCAAAAAAUCGACAACCGAUUAUAGCCUGCACAUCAGAAAGGCGCAGCGCUUUCAGCAUACGACUUUUCCUGAAAGAGUUUUGCGUUGAAUUUUUGAACGGCUCAUACAACACUAUGAUGUAUCACGUGAAGGACAAUUUGGUGCGUGCUAGGGGACGUGUCCAAAGCAAUGAUUGCUCUUACUAUUUUUGGGCCAUGCGGUUUUUUAUGGAGUUCAACCGCCACUACAAAUUCGAAGUGAAAUUGAUCAGUGAAACUAUGUCAGUGCAAACCUUCCACUACGUACAGCAACAAAGCGAACAAUUCUACGAUUUAAUAGCGAGCGACAAGAAGCGGCUGAAAUUGUGGUCGAAGCGACUUCACGUGGCUCUCCUGGCUUACCGGGAGCUAUUUUUGACCCUAGCCGCGAUGGAUAAAUCGACCGAGAAAAGCGUUCAAGAUUCAUCAAAGGUCAUAAAGAAUAACAUCUUCUAUAUUCUGGAAUAUAGGGAAUUUAUAUUGGCCCUGUUGGUCAAUUUUGACGAAACCAAAAUGUCCGACCAGUACCUGAAGGACUUGAUCGAGACGCAGCACAUUUUCCUGAAAAUGCUGGAGAACUUCUGCGGCAAAGACGGAACCUUUAUUGUUCAACAGAAAGCAAGGAAAGCCAAAAACAAGACGAAAAAACAAAUCAAACCUAAUCAACGAGUUGCGGAAGAACUAAAUUUGGAUGGGAAGUGGGACGAAGUUGGUCCUCAAUUAUCCUGCGUCCUGGAAACGGUAACUGAAUUUCCCACCGACGUAGUUCCGUUUGACGCUGCUUCCGAUACCCCCAUAGAUGAUCAAAAAGCGGAAGCGAUGAGGAAUAUCCAAAGGAAACUACGCCGUGGGGACUUCGAAGGUGCUGUGGUGCUGUUGCGUGCCGCCAGGGAGGUUUGGCCAGAGAACGAUAGUUUCGGGAGCGAUAAUAUGGCGCCAGAGGAGGAAUUCUUAGCCUUGAGGGACGUAUUCUAUGCCGACUUGGGCGAAAACGAAAUAGCUCGUGAGACUGAUCAGCAAUCAGCGGACGAAGACACAGAAAAUGAGGAAGAGAAUGACGAACCCCACUCUAACGAGGGCACCUUCAAAUUUGAAGAUUUUACGAAGAGACUACCAAAUCCAAAGAUCGUUCGUGCAUGCGGGAUAGCUCUUAGACAAUUCGACAACAACACGGUACAUACCAACAUGUGCAUAGUGAAGCUGCUGCAUCGGAUAGCUUUCGAUUGCAAGAUGUACGUCAUGAUUUUUCAACUGAGCAUCUUUAGAACGUUCCAGAGGAUAUUUUCCAUGAAAGAUGCGCCUCAAAAUAAGGAACUUACGAAAUUUGCUACGUACAUCAUUCGCCAGUUCAUAAAGGUUUCAGAAACUAACAAGAAAGUGUUCAUGGAGGCGUUGUUUUGGAAAACCAGCCAGGAUUGCCAUCAGAUCGAGACGAACUACGCCGAAGAUUUGCAUAAAUCUACAGCAUCAGAAAGGGCGUGGUCCGAAGAACAAGAAGACGAACUACGCAGACUCUUCAUGGAACAUCAACAAACCAACAAUGGAGAAGACGUUGUCGACUGGAUUGUGGACAACCUAAUCAACACGAACCGUACUAGAAGAGGCGUCUUGAAGAAAUUAAAAGAAAUGUGUUUAUUAACGGCUUAUAAAGGAAGGAGGAAGAGUGGAAGUACCAGACCUUCCGCGACCUGGACGGCGGUAGAAGAGUCAUUGUUGCGCAAGUUGUAUGAAGAAUUUAAAGAUUUCGAUGAUCCUUUGGAAAGCGUUAUGCAAAGAUUGGAGGUCCCGAGACCUAAAAAUAGAAUUAUCGAGAAGCUCCUUGUCAUGGGGCUGAUACAGGAUCGGAAGGAGGUGCGAAAGAAAAAGUCAAGGUCGAGGUCGAGCCGAAAAUCUACCGGACAAAGUCAAUCGGAGAACGAAUCGGAUAUUUCCGAAGCAGAUUCGAUCAGGAGCUCAUCUCCAGGCAUAACUUCAUCUAACCAGAACAAGCGCGCUACAAAAAAGAAGGACACCAGAACAAAAGCUUUGGUUGGGAAAAAUCUAAAGAAAAGAAUACCAGUAGUGGCAGUUCCGAGGGCUCAGAUCAUUCAUCUACUGCUAAAAGUCGUUGAUAUGAGCAUAGAAAUGGAAGAGGCGCUCGCGUGGUUAAGGGACAGUUUAUCAGACGCCGUGGAAGAUUACGAGGAAGGAAAUAACGAAGGUAUUCCAUUAGUGCCUUUAAUGGAUUAUGCAGAAUCCGCUAUGGAGAACGACGAGUUUCGGAGGAUGCUGAAAGCAUUCGGGAUCCGCGAGCCCUUUGACGAACAGGAAAAAUAUUGGAGAAUUCCGGGCGAAUUACCGCUUCAAAUAUUGCAGAGUUAUUGCGAUCUAAUUCAGCAAGCCAUCGAUAGGACAUUGACUGAGGAAGGACACUUAGAACCUGCAAAUGAAAUUCAAAAUGAUAAAUCUAGCGACGAAGACGUCUUCCAAAAGCUCAGGGCUAUGACCAAGCCAAAAUCCCCAACCCCAAUUGCAUCCAAGCCGGCUGCGAACCAACAGAAAAAGAGUUUUGUCUUAGAAACUGAUUCUGAAGGUGACAAUGAAGUCGAAGAUCAUGAGGUGAAUAUCACUGAAGUAAGGGAAGACAGAGACAUCAGCACAAAUGGUGAAAUGGAACAGAAGAAUAAUGAUUCAAACCAUGCAACUUCUACAAGACCGUCGAGAAACCCAUUGGAUAGUGACGAUGAGGAAGAAGAACAAACUGGGGACAAAACCAAGAGAAUUCGUUCACCUUCGGAUUCUGAUUCCGGAAAACGCACAAUGAAACGAAGCCGUGUUCUUAUUGAGAGUGAUUCUGAAUGAAAUUUGUAUUUGUUGUCCAAUAAAGG